CCUUUUUUUCCCUCUAUCAAUGGACACUAUAAAGAGCAUUCUUUCGCCUUUGGGCAUGAACACCGGGGCUAUUCAGGACACGCUUAAACUCGUCGUCAUAGGGGGAACCGUCGAGACAGCACGGAGAGCAUCGGUGUCGGCAUGGAAUGGUUUUGUAGAUUCCUUCUUCCUCACCGCGCACUUUAGCCAGGAAGAUUACCCGUAUGAUUGGCUGAUGCACUGGUUAUCCAAGCAACCCGCUUGGGGCCGGAGCCGAGAGUUCGAAAUCACGACACGUUCCACGGGCCGUAAUGGCCUCACGCAGUCCACCACUGGCGACCUUGAUGAGGAUGAGGACGACGAGGACGACGCGCUCGUUCAUGGUCGACGGAAACGCAAGGUGGCCUUUAUGCCAAGCAUUGACACGACGCAUACCAUAUAUUAUCGCGGUCACUGGCUGAGAAUAACCAGAACGAAGCGCUACCCCGAUUACGGCCACGGAUCAUCCCUCAAGAUCAGUGUCGUAGCACGAAAUAACGACAUUCUCAAGAAGCUCGUCCUCGAGGCAAAGCGAGAGUACGAAAAGGACGCCGAACACCGUGUCCAUAUAUUCCUCGCCGACACAUCCUAUCCUUGCUGGCGUUGGAACGGCGCUCGACAAAAGCGACCAAUGAGUUCCAUUGUUCUCCAACCUGGUGUCAAAGAUAUGCUUCUCGCUGAUUGCAAAGACUUUCUGUGUUCGGAAGAAUGGUACGCCGAAAGAGGAAUUCCUUUCCGACGUGGGUACCUUCUGCAUGGUGUACCGGGAAGUGGCAAAACCUCCCUUAUCCACUCUCUCGCUGGAGAACUAGGGCUAGAUAUCUACGUUGUUUCAUUGUCAUCAAAGGGUAUGAGUGACAACACUCUAACGACACUGAUGGGACACGUGCCAUCAAGAUGCAUACUCCUCUUGGAAGAUCUCGACGCGGCGUUCACCCGCUCUGUAAGCCGAGACUCAAAUUCCACCGGAGCGCCCACAACAACGACCACCACCGCCGGUACCUCCGACAGCAACACCACCAACAACGAUGGGUCGACUCUCAGUCUCAGUGGGCUCUUGAACAGUCUCGACGGCGUCGCCGCCGCCGAGGGUCGUCUAUUGUUUGCAACGACCAACCACAUCGAGCGCCUCGACCCUGCCCUGAGCCGUCCAGGCCGGAUGGACGUGUGGGUCAACUUCACGCACGCCACCAAAUGGCAGGCGGAGGGUAUUUUCAAGUGUUUCUUCCCUUUCAAGCCUUCAUCUGUCAACUCCUCUACUCCCCUCGUUGCAGCCGCAGUCGCCGCCGCCGCCGCGUCGUCGUCGUCCGACUCUUCGCAGAAGAACCUUCCGGGUUCGAAGCGCAAGUCGACGCAUCAGAUCCCUCUGUUAAGCGAGGAAGAGAUUUCAGAGCUGGCUAAACGGUUUGCUGAGUCCAUCCCGGAGGAUGAGAUGAGCGUCGCAGCCCUACAAGGUUACCUCUUGAAGAACAAGACGCGUCCUCGUGAGUGUGUCGAAGAAGUCGCGGAAUGGGUCAUUCAGGAACGUGAGACGCGUGAAAAGCUAAAGAAGGAGAAAGCCGAGCGUGAGGCCAAGGAGAAGAAGGAGGCUGAGGAAAAAGCACAGAAAGAGAAGGAGGAAAAGGAGGCCAAGGAGAAAGAGGAGAAGGAAACUAAGGAGAAACUCGAAAGGAAAGAAGCCCGAGCGAAGGCUAAGAAAGCCCUACGCGCAGAGGCAGCUGUGAAGAGUGAACCCACUGCAAGCACUGAGUCCACGGCGCCCACUACCGCCGAGUCCACCAGUGACUCCUCCUCCUCGUCCGAGUCUGAGAACACCACAGGUGUCGACGCGGACACUGAGGAAAGUGUGACGUCUGAGGAGGAGGAUGCAUCAUCCACUACGGAGAACGGGAAGAAGAAGGAAAAAUGGGUCGCGGUGAAGGGUCAGUCGACCGCUGAGACUACUGAUGACGCCACCGCAGAAUCGACGACAUCGUCGUGAUGAUGCGCCGAUCUCUCUCAUCUUUUGCUUUUAUUUACAGCCUCCGUCUGAUCGUCACUCUCCUGUCUUUGUCCCAGCCCGAAAGGUCUCCCUGCCCCUGCCCCUGCUCCAGCUCAUGUCACUCACUGCUCAAUGCUCCGAUUCUCAUUCCAUUUCGUAUACAUCUUAGUGGUCCCUCUUCCGUUACCCUGUCCUCAUGUUUUUGGCCGGCAAUUAGAAUUCAUUCAAGAGGCGUCUUAAAAGCGUCUAUUGGACUGUCACAUUACCGCACAGAAUGAGCGAAUGAGGUGUCAUGAGCUGUGAUAUCUGAGGUAUGUAUUAUUUUGGUUCAUGGCUGUAUAUAUAUAUAUAGUGCGUGUACGAAUGGAAGAACAAAACACGACGUAACAUUAAUAAGAACAAGUCAUGUAGAGAGAUUCAUAUCGAUUUCAUGUUAACAUCCGAGAGCGUCUUAAAU